AGGACUCUACAUCUCUUCAUCAGGACGUAAGGUAAUAAGGUCCAUCACCAGGCUUCAAAUCUGCAGAGGUGGGAGCUCCGAAAGCAAAAAUGACUAAAUUUCUCACAGCUGUGGGCCUCCUGCUGGUUCUGCACAUCGCUUCAUCCAGCAAGCUGGUGUGCCACAUGACCAACUGGGCCCAGUACAGACCCGGGAGUGCCAAAUUCACCCCAGACAACAUCGACCCCUUCCUGUGCACACACGUCAUCUACACCUUGGCCACCAUCAACAGCUUCAACCAGAUCACGACCGUGGAGUGGAACGACAAUGAGCUCUACACAAGCCUGAACAGCCUGAAGAGCUACAAUCCAGCACUGAAGACUCUGCUGUCAGUUGGAGGCACAGUGAAUGGAGUGAGCCCUUUCAUUUCCAUGGUGGUCAAACCUGAGAGUCGUGCAGCCUUCAUCAGGUCUGCCAUCAGUUUUCUGCGUGCUCAUAACUUUGAUGGUCUAAAUCUGGCCUGGGAGUACCCUGGACACAAUGGCAGCCCACAACAGGACAAGGAGAGGUUCACUCUGCUGAUCACAGAGAUGACCAAAGCCUUUGAGGAUGACGCCAAAGACAACAGGAAGACAAAGCUACUGCUGUCGGCCAAUGUUGCCGGAGUCAGGGCAACCAUUGACAGAGCAUACGAAGUCAACAAGAUUGCUCCUCUCCUUGACUUCUUGAACAUCAUGACUUAUGACUUCCAUGGACAUUGGGAGACAAGAACUGGACACCACAGCCCACUGUACCGCAGUUCUCUUGACUCUGGGACACAUGUGCACUACAACAUUAACUCUUCUGUAUCCCACUGGCUGGAUCUGGGAGCCCCAAGUGAGAAGGUGCUUUUGGGCUUCACCACAUAUGGACGAACCUACCAUUUGACCACAUCAGCUAAUGGCCUCGGCGCUCCAACCAACGGGCCUGCAGAUGCUGGACCCUAUACUCGCACUGCAGGUUUCUGGUCCUACUUUGAGGUAUGUGACUUCCUCCCCAGUGCAACAAAUUCUUGGAUCCCAGAGCAGGAGGUUCCAUAUGCCACUUAUGGCACUUCCUGGGUGGGCUAUGAUGACAAACGCAGCUAUUCCUCAAAGGUCCAGUUGCUGACCAGAAAUUUGCUUGGUGGGGCUCAUGUGUGGACUCUGGAUAUGGAUGACUUUAGUGGGUACUUCUGCUCAGAUGGAGCCUAUCCAUUGAUCAACCACCUCAGGACAUCAAUGGGGUUUGCUCCAAAGCCCACCACCACACCACGCCCCACCACCACCAGGGAUCCCAUUUUAAACUUUUGUCAUGGCCGUCCUGAUGGGCUGUAUGAGAACUCAGCUGAUAAGACCUCCUACUUCCAGUGCUUCCAAGGGAAUACUUACCUUCACCGCUGCCAGCCUGGUCUCAUCUACUAUGACGCCUGCAAGUGUUGCGACUGGCCCUGA